UUUUCUUUUCUCACUUUUUAUGCUUUACACAGAUAACACAAGAGCUGAGUGUUAUGUAUUUAAAUGUAUUUAAAAUAUGAUCUUGAUUUUAUGCAUUUAUAAGAUUUAAAAAAGCUUUUUAAAACUCUUUUUGCGAUGUCUUGAAUUUUUCUUCUAGACACUGAUCUGUAUACAUAUUGUCCAGAAAACCACACCAGAUUACUGAAUGUCGAUUGAGAUUCUUUACCCCCCGGUAUUUCAUGAAGACCACUCCCGGAAAUGAACGUUUCCACGUUGUUAAAUAUGGCAAACAAGUGUAGUCGGAAAGUUUGUUUUUAUUUGAUUUUGGCUUCUGUAGUUGUGGCUGACGAGACAUUUCACGAAGAGUUGUACGUGAAGCCAUUUAAAAAUGGCGAUGUUCUUUCCCACUUCCAGUUCACAACUCUCUGGAGCGUGAAUAUGCACGAUAAAAGUUUGUUUUCCCAUUAUAACCUAUUUCCAAAAUCAUUUGGUCAAAUUGUGGCAAAGUAUUCAGUUGAAGAAUUACACCUUUCGCUGACUCAAGGUUUUUGGAACACUAAUCUCUGGGGUCAUGCUAUUCAGCCAGCUGGACCUGGUGCCGAACUCAUUGUUUGGUUCAGAGAUUCAGUUUUGGAAAGCAUUGAUGAAGAAUGGCAAGAUUUAACAAACGUACUCUCAGGCCAGUUCUGUGCUUCACUUAACUUCAUUAAGUCUGAAAAUUCUGCAUCACCUGAAAUGUCAUUUCGACGACAAGGUGCAACAUCAUCCAUAUUCAAUGAUUCAAGAACAUUGCGGUAUUCAUCAUUACCUAGAGAAAUAGUAUGCACUGAAAAUCUUACUCCUUGGAAGAAGUUGCUACCCUGCGAUUCAAAGUCAGGCUUGUCAAGUUUGUUCAAUUCUUUGAUGAUAUACAAAGUGAAAUACCACUCAAUGUCUCUACAUCUUCGGACUAUUUGCGAGGAUGUCGAUUGUCAAAGACCUUUAUUGGAGCUACGACAGUCCCUUUCUAUCCUUUUUGAUCCUGUUUUACUUACUGGAAAUUAUGAUUGGUCAUUACGUAAACUAUUCGGUCAUUCUCUGCGCUCGACCUGUCCUCUUGCAAAAACAAGUAAAAUCUAUGUUGACGUCACAGGAAAUAACACAGACUUUACGUUCACUUUAAAACCACGACCAUCUGGUAUUAUUUCCAAGAAUUUAUCGCCAUCUGUUGAACAGUUUGCAGUUUAUGAUUUGAAAGAUAACGGCAUUGUUCGAAAAUCUCUUUCUUCCAACAAAGGAUUAAAUAUAAUUUUUAAGUGGAAACAUCGCAUGCUAAACGACGCAGUUACACUACCAUAUUUCUCUGCUCACAGAUUUUUGACAGGUUACGGUCAAGAACGUGGCGGUAUUCAAAGUGAAAUAAUCAACCGACAUAAGACAGCGUCCGUUUAUCUGGUUUAUUUUCAAGUUUUUCCCUGGUAUUUCAGGAUAUUUCUGCACUCCUUACGCGUUUAUGUUAACGACGUCGAUAUUAGGCUAGAAUACGUUCAGUAUGUUCCAUCGAGAGAUCGACAGCGUCCAACAGUCUUGGAAUUGGCAUUAGCGGUUCCGGCUGAUUCAACAGCAACAGUGAGUGUGCAAUUUGAGAAAGUGUUCUUGAAGUGGACAGAGCAUCCCCCUGACGCUCAUCAUGGUUUUUAUCUUCCGUCAGGUGUGAUUACUGCCAAAAUUCUUCCAGGUGAUAGCACGUUUGGUCUAGUAAAUCAAGGGCAACAAUCACUUUUGGAGCAGUGGGUUAAAAGCUCUGAAAACUCUGAUGAUCGCAUCAUUCGAAUGUACACAGAGAUCCUGCUUGUGUCCCUACCUACCCCCGACUUCAGCAUGCCCUAUAAUGUGAUAUGUUUGACAUGCACGGUCGUAGCAAUUGCUUUCGGAUCGCUCUACAAUCUUUCCACGAAACGUCUUCAGGAGGUUAAUCCUCGCGAGGCCACUACGUUGUUGGGAAAGAUAUUGAAAAAACUUCGCACUCUGAAAGAAAAAUUGUUUCGUUCGAAAAGGGACGUGGUUAAACCUACGGACAGGAAAAAAAAUGAUUAGGAUGCAACAUUUCAGCUCAAUACUACUGGAACGCUUCUUUUGUCUAGUCCCAAUCUUUCCACGCACUACUAAGAUGUUUUAUCGUGUCAGUGAGCUGAAAUGAGGGGUUUCAUCUCCAUACACGGCUAUUUAUACCUUAAAAAAAUAAAAUUUCAUUUUCCAUUCUUGAUAUGGAGGCAUCGCCUGGGCUUGUUAAUAAUAUGUCUCGUCGUUUAAGUCCAUGUAAUUUAUUCAAGUGUUCGUGUACGUUCUAAAUUUAUUUCGAAUUUUUUAUUAAAAAUCAAAAAAUUUUU